UUAGGCCGUUUGCACACACACCGACAAAAUCGGUGCCGGUGCCGGUACCGUUUCCUGUGCCGGAAAACAUUUAAUUUCACACAUACCGGCGUUUCCGUGCCGUCAAUUUUAUUCGGUGUUUGGCAGUGGUAAAAGAAAGAUGUAUGUUUCUGCUUCUAAUAAACGUUAUCUCCUUGGGUUAUUGUAUCUCAGGAGGAAGUAUCGACAAGCUAAAAAAGUAAGACAACAUUGGGUGCAUCCUCUGCUGACUGUCAGAUACUUAGAAGGUAGCUUCUACACGCUUUUUGAGAAACUUAGGAAAGACAACUCGAAAUUCUUCAAUUACUUCAGAAUGAGUAUUGAUACUUUCGAUUUCAUAGUGGAACGAUUAUUAAACAGUAUCAAACAUCAAAAUACUCCAAUCAGAGCAUGUAUCCCUCCAAAGGAAAUGGUCGCAGUAACAAUAAGGUACCUUGCUUCUGGAGCAACAUUUACUGAUAUGCACUACUACUAUAGAAUCGGAAUAAGCACAAUAAGUAAAACUGUUCGUUUGGUAUGCAACUCUUUAUGGAACUUAUUAAAAGACGAAUUUCUCCCGCAGCCUACGGAGGAAACAUGGCAACGUAUAGCAGAUAACUUCAAAAAAUCCGCACAGUUCCUCAAUUGCUUAGGCGCUAUCGACGGAAAACACAUACGAGUUAACAGAUUUCCCCAUAGUGGUUCAAUGAACCUUAACUACAAGGGUGCAGUCUGCUGUUUCUUGCGGCUGUCACAGCCCAGAUAGACAUCAAACCGCUUAACAACACCUUAGGUAUCUAUUUUCAUGAAGACGCCCCUCUUAAGAUUUCCAACGAAAUUUGGACACUCCUUGUAUAUAAAGAUUUAGAACUCAUUAAGAAAGCACUUGACGAUAACAACAAUAUUCUGGAACACUUAUCAUAUCUCGUAGACAAACCCACCAAUCGUAUGAAAAUGUUUAGUGGUGAAAUUAAAACUGAUACAAGUCUCCUUUAUCAAAUUUCUCGUUCCUUGGAAUCUAAAUAUUACGCAAUCUUCGAUGACACUGUAAGCGCAUCGCGGAUGAAACGCGGUCUGAUUAACGCUAUAGGUACUGUAUGGAAAGCAAUAACCGGCAACCUCGAUUCAUCGGACGGUGAAUACUAUAACGAUUGUAUUAACAACAUUUCUAAAGAUGAACAUGAGCUCGAAAACCUCAUGAAGAACCAAAUUUCUGUUACCAUGUCGGUUAUCAAGAAUUUUAAU